AUGUCAUCGAAAACAAAUAAAACACUAGCUAGCCAUGCAGAUACUAGACCUUCAAAUUAGGCUGAAAAGACUAACAAUCUACUCUACGAACCAAGCAUAUAUUAAUAGAAAAUCAAGCUCAGUAACCUUCAAGGGCAUGGAAUAAAAAAAAAAUUAGAUUCAACAGAUUAUCCACAUAAAGAUAAAAUAAACACUGUGUGUUGGAAUAAAAAUAAGAAGUAUUCUGAUCAACUUAUAGCUAUUGAUUCAUCAGGUUUAAUGAACGUUUGGGUGCCAAAUAAAAAUAAAGUUAUAGACUCAAUUAAAGCUUCAAACUCUACUUGGUUGACAUCAGCAGAUGUAGAAAGAUAGGAAGGAAAGAUUACUGCAAUAGGAACAUUAGACAAUAAAAUUCUUAUCUUUGAAAUAAACAAAGAAAAUAAAAAAGGUGUAGAUCCAGAAGGUAAAAAGCAUAAAGCAUAACUUUUAGGUCAUACAGGUGCUAUUCAAACAGUUUAAUUUUUAAGUUAGUAAUAUUUAAUUGCAGGUUCUACAGAUUCUUAGGUUUCUUUGUGGGAUUUAAACCAGCCAUCAAGACAUUUGUAAAUGAAUUAAGUUCAUACAAGUGAAGUUUUAUGCCUAAGCGUAUUUGAAAAUGAUCCUAACAUAUUUUUGUCUGGUUCUAGUGACUUGACAGCUAAGAUUUGGGACAUCAGAGUUAAAAAUCCCGUAUAGCAUACAUUUAGAGGACAUGAAAGUGCAGUUAAUGCAGUAAAGUUUAUGCCUUUUAGAGAGUCAACAACCUUCGCCACAGGCAGUGAUGAUUCAUGCAUUCGUUUAUUUGAUUUAAGAAUGAUUGAAAUUGUUUCUGUGUUUUAAGACUAAAAGAAUUUUGAUGGUGUAUAUUCAAUCUGUUUCAGUAACAGUGGUAGAUUUAUUUUUUGUGGUACAGAAAGUAAUAAACUUAAGGCAUUUGAUGUUUUAGAUGAGGCUAAUAAAUAUUUAGAAGAAGAAAUAUUCGAAAAAGACGGUAUAAUAAAAUCUAUUGAUUUAUCACUAGAUGGUUUUUGUUUAGCAUUAAGUGGAAACAUGGAAAUGUAUAUAAAAUUUUGA